UGUAUGAUCUAGGUGUAGUUAGGAUUUAGGUAAGAUUUAAGUGUAUGACGUAAGGAUUUAGGUUCAUUUAGGAUUUAGGUAGAAUUGAAUAUUAAGGUGCAUAUAUGUUUUUAGGAUUUAGGUUGAUUUAGGAUUUAUGUGAUUGAUAUGUCUUUGUUGUCCAUUUAUGCAGAUAGACAAUGUCAGGUAGAGAUAAAGAUAUUGUAUGGGAACAUGGUGAAAAAUUUUAUCCCGGAUGGCGGUGCAAGUAUUGUAAUACGCAGAAAGCAGGAGGUGGUGCGACUAGAUUGAAACAACAUUUGGCUCACCGCGGGGCGGAGGUGGUCCAUUGCAGGAAUGUGCCGCCAGAUGUGCGGGAGUAUUUUCAGCGUGACAUUGAGAAGGCUAGGAAGGCAACUGCUGAACGGGCUCGAGAGAGGUUGAGACGGGAGAAGGCUGCAGCGGAGGGAAACUAUCCCGGUGAAGAAGAAGAUGAGGAGACUCAGCUGCAGCGUGCCUUGGACCAAUCGAGAGCGGAAGCAGUGUACCGACGGGGGGUGGAACAGAGAGGAGGUGUAUACGAGCAUGGAGGGGAUAGUGGUUCGACGAGGGGGAAUCCUUUGCAGAGGAUGUUGCGUAGGGCAACUUCGCAGAGGGAGAGUCCUGCGGUGGAGGAUUAUAACGUGGCAUCCGGUGGGAGAAGAGGAAUGACCCAACAAAGAAUUGAUACAGGCUCCUGGACGCAGAAGGGUAGAAAUGCAAAGGAAGCUAUUGGUAAAGCUUGGUCAAAGUUUUUCCAUUUUGCGGGAGUACCUGGAAGACAGGCUGACAAUCCUUACUUUGUCAGCGCGGUCAGGGAGACACAGAAGUGGGGUGAAGGUAUCGCAUCACCAACUGGACGGGAUAUUGAUGGCAAGUACCUUGAUCAGAACGAGCAAGACUUGAAGACGAGGUACGUAAAGUUUCGGAAAGACUGGCCCUUAUUUGGCGUCACGUUGAUGUGUGAUUCAUGGACUGGGCCGACGAGGAUGAGUGUCAUCAACUUUUUGAUAUACUGCAAUGGAGUCAUGUGGUUCCACAAGUCUAUUGAUGCGAGUGGAAGAACUCAAGAUAGCACAUAUUUGCUUAGGGAGAUUCGAAAGGUGGUGGACGAGAUUGGACCGGAGAAUGUCGUGCAUAUAGUCACCGAUAAUGGCUCGAAUUACAAGAAAGCUUGCAAGGCACUAGGAGAGGUGUAUGAACACAUUCUUUGGACACCUUGUCUAGCACACACCGUCAAUUUGAUGUUGAAGGAUAUAGCUCGAAGGCCCGAACAUUCUGGUACGAUCAAGCAAUGCAAGCGAAUUUCUAAUUGGUUACACAAUCAUGGUCAGUUGAAUACAAUGAUGAGGAACGCAAUCGGUGGUGAGUUGGUCAAGUGGAAUGCCACUCGAUUUGGAACCAAUUACAUGUUCUUAGAGAGCAUAUAUCGGAAACGUGAUUGUUUCAUGCAGUGGAUGGCAUCUACUGAGUUUUUACAAAGCAAAUGGGCAGAUACCGAAGAUGGUCGAUUUACUCAUUCCAGGUUUUCAAAUUUGGAGUGGUGGGACGGAUUGAAAUAUGUCAUCGACACAGUUCAAGCAAUAUACAAGUUCCUUCGCUUCGCUGAUCAGGACAAGCGGCCCAACAUGUGCGAAGUCGUGAUGUCGUACCAGAAUACGAGACAGGAGCUGCAAUCUUUCUUUGGAAAUAAUGUUUCCACUCGGGACGAGUAUCUUAAGGUUAUGGACGAUAGGAUGCGUGACCUUUUCAUAGGCACGUAUGUGGGUCCAGCUGCUGUCCUAAAUCCGAGGUAUUCAUACACGAUGGAACCAACUCAAGAAAUGUUCCGUGGACUCAAGGAUACUUUUGAGCGCAUGACGGAUGUCCAGAGCGCCGUGCAGGCAUUGCAGGAGCUUGAGGUGUUUCGGCAGAAGGUUGGCGAGUUUGGCAGUGAAAUGGCAAUGAGAAUGGCGAUGGAUCCAAAGACAUCCCCAUCGUCCUGGUGGAUGAUGUUCGGAUCAAGCACUCCAAAGCUGCAGUAUCUUGCCAUGCGGCUUGUUUCACAAUAUGGCUGA